AUGAGCUGGUUGGCGGUGCGAAUCUGUCUGCUGUGGUCGAUGGUCAAAGCGCAGUGGAAUAUUCCUGGAGCUAACGAUGGAUUUGGGCCAAUUAUGGGAGCAGGACGACAGACUGGGAUUCGAUUUGGGCCUUAUGGAGAAACUUCGGCUUCAAACCUACCACAGAACCUCUUGGCAGCCGAUUUGGCCCCACAAUUUGCUCGGUUCGGUUCCCAAUAUCCUGGCUAUGGCACGCAAAGCAUUAUGGAACCAACGAGUAUAUUUGCAAACCCGGCAGACUUUCAAAACGUAAAUCCUUUGCUACUACCCAGUCAAACCAGGCCCGUGAGACAGUUUACCCAUCAACCUCCGGCUACCUUCGGCUUACCAUCUUCGCCUCAAAAUCCAUACAGACAAAUGGGAAUGGAUCCGUCACAGUUUGGCGGCUACAGUCCAUUUCAACAAGCAGAUGACGCUGAUAGGAGUGUGGAUAAAACAGCCGAAAUUCCUCCCUCUCAACCGAUACGUGUGGUGCCACCAUUCUUGAAAGAUGCAAGCAAGGAAGAGCAAGAUCGAAAUAUCUAUGCCCAAUAUCAACGCGCCUCGUCAGGCGAUCUUAAAGAAAAGCGUGAAAAAGUCCAUGCUGCUGUGGCUGUGAUGUCGCCAGAAGCUCAGCAGCAAUUUCAAAAAAGUUUCGAUCUGGAAAAUGUCGUUCUUGAACCCGCUCCUAAGCCGGUUUUUUUGAUGAAUGCCACUUACGAUGCUAUCAAGCAGUUCAUGUCAAUUUACAGAGAACCACAGAUUUCGCAAUUACAUAAGGUAACAGAAUUGGAUGUUCUGAUUGGAACAUUACGACCAGAAGUACAGCAAGCAUAUCAAGCUUACAAAGCUGAAACACUUCUUCUCAGGCUUACUCAAGACGAAAGACUGCAAGAAAUCGCAGAAAAAGCACAUUUCACCAUGGUUCAUCUUGCAGCACUCAAGAAAAGCAGCAUCGGAGUCAAUGAACAUAAAAGGCGUAUCGAAUUGAUAUUCUCGGAGUUUUCGGAUUUUAUGGUGCAAGCAGUUACUGAUGAAAUAGCAAAUACGGUGGACUUAGUGAUGCGUCAAAUGUUGCGAGCGCUGUUGUUCACAGAGAAAAUGACACAGAAAUGA